AUGGAAUCCAAAAAAGAUAUUCCUACAAAAGAAGACUUAGAUUUUAUAGUUGAUGAUGGUUAUAAUCAUGAUGAGGAUCCAACAUAUGAACCUAAAGAUUCCUCCUCGUCAGAUGAUGAUAAAUAUGUUGUUACUGGUAAAGAGUUUAAAAAACUAACCAGAAAAGCUAAAAAAACUCGGUGCUGAUUCACUUGAUUAUUCAACACGUAAAAAAAACAAAUACAUGGCAACACUCCCAGGUGGAAAGAAAAUUCAUUUUGGAUCACCAAAUUAUCCAGACUAUCUUAUUCAUCAAGACAAAGAUCGAAGAGAGAGGUAUCUUGCUCGAGCGACAAAGAUUAAAAAUAAACAGGGAGAGUUAACUUAUACUAAUCCUGAAUCGAGUACUACUCUGGCCAAAAAAAUAAAUUAUGGCUUAAGGAUUAAAUUAUUAUAAUAAAAAUGCAGUUAUCAAGUUACGAUCAUCUAACCCCAGACAACAUUAUCUUUAAUGAAGCCAAAGAGUACAAAGUGAAAGAUAGCAAGAUCAAAUACAAACGUAUCCCAAUUGAAGUCAAAUAUCCAAAUGGAAAGAAAGGAGCUUUGGUUGUUGAAACUCCAAUUCUUUUCUCUUUUGGUGUGAGUGAGAAGAAGAACCAAGAAACAAACAAGUUAGUCGGUUAUAGUAUUCCAGUAUGUCUUUGGGUUAAAGACAGUGAACCGAAUACUAAAGAAAAAGCAUUUUUUGAUGUUAUUAACAAUAUAACAAAUAUCUCUCAGCAAUAUCUAGAGAAUGAAUACGGUGCAGAUCUAGCAUCAACUCUAUCUUCACCAUUUUAUUACAAACAGGAAGAAUAUACAGAUAAGAAAGGAAAGAAGAAAACAAGAAUAGACCCCUCAUCCGCACCAGUUCUUUAUGCAAAACUUAUUUACUCUGAAAAGUCAAAGAAAAUUCUUUCACUAUUUAAAACAAAAGGAAAGAAAGAUUUAAAUCCUUUUAAAUAUAUUGAUCAGUAG